UGAGAUGAGGAGCAGAGUGAAGACACGAGAGCGAAGACGACACAGGGCAGUGUUUCUCCAGACAGUCCGCAUAUUUGCAGUCUUCCAGCUCACAACACACCCAUAACAGCUCCCCCAAAAUGUGGACUGUCCAGGGGUGUGGAAUCGCAGGCUUAGGGGACACUACAGCGUAGAAAUGAUAAUGCAAGGAAAGACAAACCUAACAUGAAAGGAACAGCAUAUGUAAUGCUAGUCUAUCUUCACCUCAAAAGAUCAGGAGUACUUUGCUGCCUCCAAAUGUUAUGAGAUCAUCAUUAGUGGCAGGUUUAUUUCAGAAUUCACCGGUCACCCUGGAAAUGCAUAGCCCGGCUCCUCAUGUCAGCAUCCAGUCAGCUUAAAAGCAGCGUACUCUCUGGAAGAUGUGCCACAUGCUCAUUGUGUGUGAUAGGAUAGAUACUUUAUUGUCCCCACAGGAAAAAAAAACUGUUUUUCAGUGAAUAAAACAUGUUAGACAAAGUUGGCGUGAUAUGAACAGGGUAAACGCAGGGUAAAGACAUUUCAGCCCCUGACAUGUAUGAACAGUGAUUUGGCAUUCAACCAAACUCCUAAGCUGAUUAAAUUAUCACUUACGUGUUGUAAUGUAAGUAGUGUAGAUAAACAAUUACACAAUGGCUUCACAUUCUUCUUGCUGUUAUUAAUAGUAAACUAUGGAUACUUGCCACUGCAGUUUUGUAUUGCUUAUGAAAUAUGAAAUAUGGUAUUAUAUAUACAUUUUAUGUACCCUAUAGACACAUACCUGUAUGUCCGGGUCACCAUUGAAUGGCAUUAAACAUAGCUGAUAUGUCUGGAGGCUCAAAGUAACCAUUAUUAACUUUACAGAUAGUUGAGGAAAUCUGUGAAAUCAAAGUGACCUAUGAUACAUCUCAGUCCCAGGUUUAACCACUGCUUUGUAUAUAUUUAUAUUUUUUAUGAGACUCAUGAAUGUUUCAUCUUGGGAAUUUCCUCCAAAACGAAAAGUCCAGAUACCACUGAUAACAACAGGAAUGACGAGUUCUCUUCUUUUUAUGAGUGUGGGCUUAAUUUUUAACUUCCUCUCCCCUUGCUGCUGUCAUAAAGUACAUCUGCUCCUUGCUGCGUGUUCGAAAUGGCCCAGACACUCAGGGAAUGUCGUCUAGCUUGUUGUGACAAGUACUAAAAAGCACGGUGUUGACGGCGAAUCACAUGACCGGUUCGCCCACUGAGGCUGAGCGAUCCCACAGCCUGUGCUGGCGGGAGGAGGAGGAGGAGGAGGAGGAAGAUUGGCUGACUCCCGGCCACUUCAGGAACCACUAGAGCCAGGAAGUCCUCCAGCAGCCUAUGCGCAAGACCAAUCACAGGGUUCACCGGAGAAACUUCUAAAAAGAUAAACAAACAGCAGAGAUAGGUCUGGAGUAACUCAUGGCUUCAGAGUACAAUGCGGCCAUGGAGCUGAAGCUGAAGCACUGGCAAGAACUGGAGUAUGAAACACCCAUAAAGAUCUUCCUGACCAUUCUGUAUAGCACCAUCUUGGUGCUGGGGAUCGUGGGAAACAGCAUCACCAUCAAGGUGACACAGGUGUUGCUGAGGAAGGGCUACUUGCAGAAGAACGUCACCGACCACAUGGUGAGCCUGGCCUGCUCGGACCUCCUCGUGCUACUCAUUGGCAUGCCCGUGGAGCUGUACAGCGCCACCUGGUUCCCCUUAUCGUCCACCUCUGGGAAGGUCUCCUGCAAGAUUUACAAGUUCCUCUUUGAGGCAUGCAGCUACUCCACCAUCCUGAACGUAGCCACUCUCAGCUUCGAGAGGUACGUGGCCAUCUGCCACCCCCUGAAGUACCAAUCGCUCUCCAGCGCCAGAACUGUGAAGCUCAUCAUCUUCGUCUGGGUUACCUCAGUGCUGGUGGCCCUACCCUUACUGUAUGCCAUGGGAACGGAAAGAGUGGAGAACAUUCUGGAUCUGAACAAACAACCUUACCAAUGGGGAUCCGCAGUAAACAAUAGCGCAACGCGGAACAUGACUUUUUGCACAAACCUCAACUCCAUGUGGACGAUGUACAGGAGCAGCAUUUUUGUAGCAUUCAUUGUGUAUAUUGUUGUCCUGGUCAGUGUGGGCUUCAUGUGCAGAAGUAUGAUCAAUGUGCUGUCAGGCACAAAGAGGAUUUCAAGCAAAGCAGGCGACAAACGGGUGGAAGCCCUGCCUAAACACGAGAGCUCCCAGGCCAGAGAAUCCCGAAAGCAAAGCAUAAUAUUUCUAGGCUUAAUCGUGGGAAGUCUGGCCUGCUGCUGGAUGCCCAAUCAGAUCCGUCGGCUGAUGUUAGCGGCCAAGCCCAAAGCGGACUGGACGGCGACCUACCUGAGGGCCUACGUUGUCCUGCACCCCAUCGCUGACACGUUUUUCUACUUCAGCUCGGUGAUCAACCCCUUCCUGUACAACUUCUCGUCGCGGCAGUUCCGGCAGGUGUUUAUGCAGGUGCUGCGGUGCCACCUGACCAUCGAGCACAUCAACAGGAGGAACCUGAGGAGACCGAAUAUGCACUCGGCACGCCGCUUACUGAGAUCGCUCCGGCACUCACUGCCAGCCCGUGGGAGGGACAAGGCCAGCGGGACCUCUACCACACUAAACACUGCCCAUUCUCUGGAGACGUCUCAGGAACCCAGUCCAGAGGAGUCUGUGGAGCUCAGUACCACCCAAAACAGCAAAGCAACCUCCAAGACUGACAUCUGAGACUGAGUGUGGAAUCUUUAUGUUGAUGCGGAUUAGAUAUUUUUGUAAAUGUAUGUAUCACACAUGGUAUAGAAGUAAUGAUGAAAAUGUCUGGUCUCCUCUGAAAACAGAGCAGUGUGCGAGAACCUUCUCUAUCAUUGUCUAGAAUUUCCAAACUUCUCAGGAAGUGCAGAUGGUGGCUGUAUGCACAUUAGUCUGCUGACCCCUGAAAAGAGCAGUCAUCCUGAAGCUUCUGAGAUCUUCCCAUCAGGUAAAGCCACUAUGACAGAUCUGGCCAUAAACCUGCCAGGCUCCUGGAAGCCAUUCUAGAAUUUUGCUCCUUGAGGUUUUUUGAAGUGGAAAGGAAUGCAUUGCAGAAGUGUUACAAUACUGCAUGGACAUUAUAGCUGCAUUAUAAAAUUAUUCAAACGUCUUGUCUUUAUGUAACCAUUAAUGCAUUUUCUGUGUUUUGUAUUCAUCGGUGA